GCCGCCAGCCCCUGCCGCCGCGGCACCAUGUCCGGCCUCUCCUCCCGCCUCGGCGCCCCCUUCGGGGUCCGCGCCUUCAACUGCAUCUCGGCCUGCGGGCCCGGGCCCGGCCCCUACCGCGCCAUCUCCUGCCACCGCGGCCUCGCCGGGGGCUUCGGCAGCCACAGCGUUUGCGGGGGCUUCCGCGCCGGCUCCUGCGGGCGCAGCUUCGGCUACCGCGUGUGCACACCCAGCACCCCCUGCAUCACCACCGUGUCGGUCAACGAGAGCCUCCUCACGCCCCUCAACGUGGAGAUCGACCCCAACGCGCAGUGCGUGAAGCAGGAGGAGAAGGAGCAGAUCAAGUGCCUCAACAGCAGGUUCGCGGCCUUCAUCGACAAGGUGGGUGUCCUGGAUCACACCCUUCCUGAACCUAGAGAUCCUGGGAGGAGAUGGGUGCGCUUCCUGGAGCAGCCGAGCAAGCUGCUGGAGACCAAGCUGCAGUUCUUCCAGAACCGCGAGUGCUGCCAGAGCAACCUGGAGCCCCUGUUUGAGGGCUACAUCGAGACUGCAGUGGGAGGCCAAGUGUGUGGAGGCCGAGAGUGGGAGGCUGGCCUCAGAGCUCAACCAUGUGCGGGGGAGGUGCUGGAGGGCUACGAGAAGAACUAUGAAGAAGAGGUGGCACUAAAGGGCACUGAGGCAGGCCAUGAAGAAAUGCAGAACUCCAAGCUGGAGGCCACGGUGGCCCAGUCUGAGCAGCAGGGUGAGUCAGCCCUCAGUGACGCCCGCUGCAAGCUGGCCGAGCUGGAGGCCGCCCUGCAGAAGGCCAAGCAGGACAUGGCCUGCCUGAUCAGGGAGUACCAGGAGGUCAUGAACUCCAAGCUGGGCCUGGACAUCGAGAUCGCCACCUACAGGCGCCUGCUGGAGGGCGAGGAGCAGAGGUGAGGACCACAGCUAUGGGGAGGGUGUCCCCUCAGUUUCCCCAGGUC